AUGUCGGUCCGCGGCUUCACCCUAAACUCCCAACGGACGAACGAAUCGGACAAUACCUACGAUCACUUCAUCACCCUCAAGGAUAACACCCUUCCGAAUGGAAAUGGGAAUGGGAAUGGGAACGGCAACGGCAACGGCACAACCCCCCCUGGACAAAACCUCUCCCGUGCAACCACAAACUUCAGCGAAAACAACAGUCCCGUCGCUUCUACCACCGUCUCGCGGGUACAAUCGAUCGCUUCGUUAAACGAUAGAAUCGGAACUUUCAAUACCACCGCCGGAACUUUUACUUCGACUAGUGGGAAUAGUGCGACUUCUUCGACUCCUGCGUACGCACCUGGUCAUAAAAGGAAGGAGUCUUUGAGGAAACAUCUAGCAGAGAGAAAGUACCAUAGAGAAUGGAAACAAGAUCAUAAUAAUACUAUUGGCGAAGUCUCUGGGAAGUCGUCUUCGAAUAGUUCCAAUACCAGUUCAUCGGACGAGGAAGUUGAAAGGGUACAAAGGCCGAACGGCAAGGAUUCGAAGAAAAUAAAAAGGAUAGAUUCGCGUAGAUACAAGGAUGAAAUCGACAAAGUGAAAGGACUCCCGACGGCAGUCUUGACGAAAAAGGAUGAGAUUCAAUCAAAGGGUACGAGAGCAUUCAGAAAGGCCAAACAAGUAGGAAGAAAAGUACGAAAGGAAGAAUUGGUCGACGAUGCCGGUGAAUUAGAUAUACUCUACGAAAAUCAGAGAGGAACAUUUUUCUUUGGAAUUCCAAUGUUCUCUGCUAAAUCCCUACUACCCGUCGACUCUGCAGCAUGGACAACCCGUCAACACGCCCCAAGCGCCGUUAAUAUCUUCACAGCACAAGUUCCAGACCCUUCGUGGGUGUGGGCAUGGAAGUCUUUCGCAGUGGAUAUGACCGGUGACGUCGACGAGGAAGGCUGGCAAUACUCCUUCGCCUUCCGGGGUACUCGAUGGCAUGGUAACGCCGUAUGGUGGCAUGGCUUUGUUCGUAGACGCCGAUGGAUUCGUAAGCGUGUACAAAGAAGGCUACCGGACCUGGACGACGCCCAUCAUCUUACACCGGAAUAUUUUACAAUACACUCUCGCAAUGCGACCCAGACGACACAGCGACGGUCAGGGUAUUAUUCAAGUUCCAUCCGUAGUUUAGAGAGGAACAGUAAACUGGAGGGAUACCCAACCGCAACGCAGGAGUCUGACGAUAGCGAGUUCGAGGAUUACGAAGUGCAGGAUAUCCCUACGCUAAUGAAGGCCUUUAAGAUGGCAAGGUUGGAUCGGGAGAAGGUUGAAGCUUUGUCAAACUUUUUGCAGCAUGGCGGGUCUGAGGUUCUUUACCUUGCUGAUAAUAUACCAAAAAUUAUGAGGAGUAUGAUAUUUCAGCAGUCUCGCCGACAGAUAUUACAGCUGCUUCUCGACAACCUAAACAAAUCAAACGACAAGCGACAGUCAAGAAACCUAGGGAAUGGGUCUCUUAGAGAGGAACCCGAAGACUACGACGAUGACGAAGAGAAGCGAUUCAUCGAUGGUAUAGGAAGGGCAGUGGACGCAGGAGAAGAGGAGGUUCGAAAACUAGAGUUCUGGAGCGACAUUAAGAAAGCGCAGCACCAUGGUUACGAGGGUGUGGAGAACAGCCAUCACCACCAUAAAGGUCCAAUCAGCCCAGACGGCUCGGAUUAUGAAUAUGCAAAUAUCUGGAAGGCCAGAAGCAAGUUUAUUAACAAAAGAAAAGAGCAGAUUGCGGGCAAAGCGCGAGGGGAAUUUGCGGAGCGGGAUGAGAGCGAUGGGAGCACGCUCGAGAGUAGGGACACGGACGUGGACCGUCGGUCCAUCACGGCACGGCAGAAGGGUAAAGGAAAAGCAACAGAUUGA